AUGACUACAAACGGCCACUCUCUGGUUCUUCUGCCCAAAAACUUUUUAGCUAAACCCUUAAUACAAACAAAAAAAUUAAAAAAAAUAUUCAAAACCCUAUGAAAUGACCGUGCCGCGAAAUUCAUCACCGGCGACAUUUCUUACCGGAAUCUUCUAUGAAACUAAAACCAAUCAAUCUCCGAUCACUUCUCUUCUCCCCAAAACCGAUUCAAUCUCCAUUCAUCUUUUCCCGUUCAUCCCACAAAUCUUUCACAACAACCAAUCUCCCAACAAAACCACCACACUUCUUCGACGACGCCGUACCCGGAACCAGUGCCGUCUACAAUCACGCUCUCAAAUUCCAGCGUCCCCCAACUAUCAAAUGGAAACCGCACCUAGAAAACACCACCACCUUCAUCGGUUCCGUCACGCGUGAACUCAAGCGCGUCAACUCUAACACAUUUGGGUUUCACACUACGAUUCGUGUUCGAAGUUCUAACAAACCUAAUAGCUCUUCUUUUUGGGUUCUGCUUAUGAUGUGGAAUGAAAUUGGUGAAUUUGCUUAUCAACAUGUGAAACCAAAUCAUUUUAUUUGUGUAUCAGGUUGUUUGGGGAGUUACGAUGGAGAGAGGGGAUUGUGUUAUAAGCUAAUUGUGAAUGAGUUAGAGUUUGUUGCUCAAACUCCGGGCUGCGGAGAGCAUGAGAAAGAAAAUAAAUUUGGAGCGGGUAACCAGUUAUCUGAUGGGAAUCAGCUUCACCUUUGGCAAGUGUUUUUCGCCAGUCCAAAUGAAUGGUGGGAUCGAAGAAAGAACAAGUUAAAUCCAAAUUCGCCUGACUUUAAACACAAGGAUACAGGGGAAGCUCUCUGGCUGAGUAAACAUAAUCCACCAUGGGUUACAAGACAACUUGAAUUACUUGACUCAAAAUUUUCAGGAGGAUUUGCAGGUCGUCGACCACGUCUCACAUCUUGGGUUUACGAUGAAUAGCUGAAAUUAAUUAAAGAAGACAACUGUGGCAAUUCACCUCUAAACUUAUGUGAAAUUUACAGCAUAGUGAAAUUGAAGUCACUAUGAUAUGAUUAUGAUAUUCUCUAGGCCACACACAUAUCAGUCCUAUUGAGUUUCUUCUUAAUUCAUAAUCAGUUUAUUUAUAGUGAAAAUGAAAGAAAGAAAACCUUGAUAGUUAGUAUAUUUAGCUAUUUUUACGGCAGCCCGGUGUAUCAUAUUUGUCUGGAGUGACAUGUUUUGUAAAGGUACAUUGUGUAGAACAGUAAUGGAUUACUGGUUUGUGAAAAGAAAAUGGAUUAUAGAUCUUAUUUAUAGAAUUUGUAGAGCAAUAAGGACUUCAUAUACAUGAUCAAGUCUCUAUGAAAUGUUAGACGGUAGGCUGC